AUGCCUUGCUUCAAGGGUAUCGCUGUCAGCGUCCACGCAGAAGGUGCUCCGCUCCCAGAAUAUUCUGUGCAGAAGCAGUCGAGAGUCUCGCGGAUCAAUACCUACAUUCCCGUACCCAAGGCGAAGAUCCCAAAAGACUCGUCCUCCGACAAGCCAGAGCCAUCCAAAUUCGCCAUCUCCAUCACCCUCCUCGUCCCAAAUCUCUCUGUCCCAUACUCCACCCCGAAGCCCACGGCAGAGAACCCGAACCCCGUUGGCCAACUCGUCGCAGAUCUUCCGGGCAACCCCUCGCAAAGAGGUGGAACCGUUGUCCCGUACAUACCCCUCACCAAGUCCGAAAAUGAGACCAUUGCUGCCUACAUCUACUUCGACGGCCGAGCCAAAGAGGAAGUCGCUACAUUACUGCGGCCUGGCGAGGAGACUUGGGUAAAUUCACGGUGGGUUCAGGUUCCCGAGAGUGAGGGUGGUGGUCUGGCCGAGAGAGAGUUCUUGUUCCGCGAGGUGGGCCUCGAGAGAUGGCUGAAUGGUCUGGACCUGGAUGGAAACGAUGCUGCCGCAAAGAUUGAAAAGCGUAGACAGAAGUUCGAGAAGCGCCGCAGACGUAGGAGAGAGGCAAACGCGAGCGACGACGACCUGCAUCUAACGAGAGGGGAUAGACCGGCUACGUUUGGAGGCAGAGAAGUACUGAGAUACGGCGAUGACUCGAAGUCUCCGAUGGAAAAGCUGGAUGAUUUUGACGACGAUGACCUAAGUUCAGACUCGGACGAUGAUGUACCAGAGGCUGCUGGACAGAUCAAGGUCGCAAUGUUCCGCGUGAUCGCAUCUGGCGAGAUCAAGAAAGGCGAAUACUCACCGCAAUUCGAUGCUCAUGAUGAUGACGAAGAGAAGGGUAAUGGCGAGGAGGCAAACAUUGAUCAUACGACAAGCUUUGCAAAGCCGAAGACGUUGGAUCCCAAGUCGAUCAGUACACAAACCGUCACAGGAAUCGAUGGACCAGACAAGCCUUUUGCAGUGUUCACGUUCUUCUACAGGGGAGAGAAACAACUUCAAAAGAUGGGUAUCUUGAAUGCUAAGCAGCAAAAGGGUACACCUACUGCAACUAAGCGCCGAUCAACCCAACUCGACUUCUCAAACCUUGCUCCUUUGAAGCCCGGUGGAACAGUGGGAUUCUCGUCAUUCAGAGACAGCGAUUCUUCUGAUCGAAGAAAUAAGUCGAGAAAGAAGAGCAACGGUAGCAAUGGACCCGGAGCCAUGGUCGAAGAUAGCGACGAUGAUGAUGACGAGGUCGAGAUUGUAGGAAAGAUGGAGGAUGUUGAUGAUAAGGAUGUGAAGGCUUCGCUGAGUCCCGAAGAUGCCAAGUUCUCUGGGGAAUUGGCGGAUGGCGUAGGUAGAAUCAAGCUCAAGCGUCAACAUUCUGUGGAGCCUCUGAACGCAAAUUCUCGCAAAUCACCAGCCUCAUCUACCUCUACAUCGCUUGGAGCCACCCCACCAGCCGAGUUACCAGCCCUAGCACACGGUGGCCCUAACGUAUUUGGAGGGCUGCCAGCUGAAACUGCGAUGGGAAGCCCUCUGAAGAAGCAGCGGGCCAGUCUAUACGAUAUCGAUAGCGAGACGGUGAAGCAACGAUUCGGCACUGGCUUCUCUUCAUCAGGUGGCGAUAUUGUAGCUGCGGCCGAAGCUGCCCAACAGCCCCUGCCCGUUGAUGACAAGAUGCAAGAAGAAGACGAGUUGUGA